GAGGCGGCAGCAGCUCCAUGACAAGCGCCCGGGGCUGGGAGGAGGAGCCCCGGCUAAGCACCUCCAGGCUCCAGCAGUCUCUCAAGCCGCAGAUCCACAAACAAACUGAUCAGCUUCCCAGAGAGCCAGCAGCUGAAUCCCAGGCAGGUCUCAGAGUCUAGAGCUGCUUCCCGUUACAUCAGAGACACCUGCUAAGCUAAGCGUGGACUACAGAAUCCCUACUGCUCGCUCUCCACUGUUUUUUCCCCAGAACAGAGGGAAAGGCAGCACUGUUUCUGACUACAGCCCUUGGUCUCCUACUUCUUGUGCUCAGUGCUGAGCCUCAUCACCCGUUCCCUAAAGGAGACAGCCUGACUUUAGUGACAUCAUGGCGAAGAUGCUCCCAGCGCAGGAGGCGGCAAAAAUCUACCACACUAACUAUGUGCGGAAUGCCCGAGCCAUGGGGAUCCUGUGGGCGCUCUUCACCGUUUGCUUUGCUGUGAUGAUGAUGGUGACCUUCAUCCAGCCAUAUUGGAUUGGAGACAGCAUCGACACCCCACAGGCUGGCUACUUUGGCCUUUACUCCUAUUGCAUUGGCAAUGCCCUUACAGGAGAGCUCAUCUGCAAAGGUAGCCCUCUGGACUUUGGUACCAUCCCCUCGAGUGCCUUCAAAUCAGCCAUGUUCUUUGUGGGUGUCUCCACAUUCCUAAUAAUUGGAUGCAUCAUCUGUUUCAGCAUGUUCUUCUUCUGUAAUGCAGCUACCGUUUUUAAGGUGUGUGCGUGGAUGCAGCUGGCAGCAGCUACAGGUUUGGCAAUAGGUUGCAUGCUUUACCCAGAUGGCUGGGACUCCCCUGAAGUGAAACGCAUGUGUGGUGAGAAGACUGACAAAUAUACACUAGGUGUGUGCACAGUACGCUGGGCAUAUAUCCUGUGCAUCAUCGGGAUCCUGGACGCCUUCAUCCUCUCUUUCUUGGCAUUUGUGCUAGGCAACCGGCAAGACAACCUCCUUCCAUCUGAUUUCCAAGUAAACAUCAAAGAAGAAGCUGAAUAAGGAUGAAGACUGCUGUGCAUGUAUUGCUUCUUCUGCCAUUUGGUUGAACUAAGUGUACAUAUGGUAAUACAUCUGGACUUCAGAAGACUGAGUGAAACACAUGGCUGUCAGGCAUUAUAGCACCAACACUUGUAAAAUAUCUAAUCAUCAAAAGACACAAGAACAAAGAAUAACCAAAAUAAAGGAGUUUAAAAGCAGAAGGAUUCCAUUUGCAAAACUGACCCCUAUUCAGAAAGGCCUGGUUUCUUCAAAAAGACCAUCUUCUUUGCUGAGAAUGUUCCAAACAAGAAUCAGUAAGUUGUAUGCAAUGCUGUACCCCUCCCUGAACAUGGAAUCUUACUUUGGAAGAUGAGUUGUGCUGGAGGAAAAUUUCCUCUGUUAUAAGCAUGGA